AUGGCUGAUGAAAAUUAUACAAGGAUCACAGAAUUUAUUUUCAUAGGCUUAAAGUACCAUCCUGGGCUGAAAGUUUUCCUUUUCUUGCUCUUUCUGCUUUUUUACCUCAUUACCAUGACAGGAAAUUUGGGCAUGAUUAUUCUCAUCCGGAUUGAUUCCCGCCUUCACACACCCAUGUACUUUUUUCUCAGCCACCUGUCCUUUGUGGACAUCUGCUUCUCCGCAGUUGUGGGCCCCAAGAUGCUCACUGACUUCUUCGCUGAAAGGAAAGUCAUCUCCUUCCUGGGAUGUGUUUUGCAGCAGUGGUUCUUUGGGUUCUUUGUAGCCAUUGAGUGUCUUCUCUUAGCGUCCAUGGCCUAUGACCGCUAUGUGGCCAUCUGUAACCCAUUAUUGUAUUCAGUUGCUAUGUCCUAGAGGCUCUGCCUACAGCUGGUGGUGGGUCCCUAUGCUGUUGGGUUCCUAAACACCAUGACUCACACGACAGCUGCUUUUCGACUUCCCUUUUGUCAUUCUAAUGUUAUCAAUCAUUUCUUCUGUGACAUGUCUCCCCUUCUUUCUCUUGUCUGUGCUGACACCUGGAUCAAUAAAUUGUUAGUUUUUAUGGUGGCUGGAGCCGUACUAGUCGUCGGCAGUCUGACCAUUAUAAUCUCCUAUUUUUAUAUCCUCGUGACCAUCCUGAGGAUUCGCUCUGCUGAUGGGAGGCACAAAGCCUUUUCCACCUGCUCUUCCCACCUGACAGCUGUUUCCAUCUUGUAUGGGACUCUCUUUUUCAUCUAUGUACGGCCAGGUGCCAUAUUUUCUCUGGACCUCAAUAAAGUGGUGUCGGUGUUGUACACAGCAGUAAUCCCCGUGCUGAAUCCUGUAAUCUACAGCUUGAGAAAUAAGGAAGUGACACCUGCCAAGAGUAGGAUUAUCACCCAGAGGAAAUUUUUCAUUACAAAUUAA